UUUCCACGACAGUCAGUCGAUUGACAAGGUUUACGUCGUUCGAACGUGUUUUCCUUCGGGUGGAAAAGUGGAAAUUGUGGAAACUCUAGUGUGUGAGCUGGAACGUGACGGAUUUCGCUACGCGUGCAGCGCCCUGUCCGCAGGGAAACAGUCUUCCCUUUUUUCGUUUUGCUCUUUCGACCUAACAGGAUAAUUAAUAUUUUUAUACAUAGUGUUCGCGAUUGUUAUUACCCGUCAGAUGGAGAAUUAAAUAUACAAACCCGAGUCGGAUUGGCCUUCGUGUUGUGAUACACGUUUUUUCGAAUGGAUUUUUAUGUUUGUGAAUUGAAUAUACCCGGUAGUGCAGCCGAACUUGUGCGGUUCUCUGUGGAUGGUGGAGUUAAAAUAUAUAUUAAUUAAAAAUAAAUGUUUGCGGUGAAACAGUGUAGCCACGGCCAGUGUAUUGAGCGGUCAGAUUUGCGCGACUACCGGUGCACAAUUAUUCGCGGUUAUUGCGGGCUCCAGUGAACCUUUCGGGAAACAGGGAACGCGGAAAAGUCAUUCCCAUGCCAUGAAACCGCGCGGCAGUGCGAAUAUUGACUUAUUUAUUAUUUAUACACACUGUGUGAAUCAACCGCAUGAUUGGGGUGACGGCUGUCUGACGUAAACGUUAUUCGCAAACAGUAUUAAGAACGCAUUGAUUUCAGUCAACAAUUUCAUUCUAUGUGCGAUCAUAUUACGGACACGAAUGGAAUGCUGGUUCCCCUGGGAAUUACCACUAACUUUAUUGUAUGAACCUACGCUGCCAAAUGGAAGCGCUAUAUUUUAUCUGAAAUAUAAUAACCCAAAGGAUAUAUUCAAAUGUCUAGUAUAAAUCAUUUCAAUACAUAAUAUCAGUAAACUUCUCACCGUGUAAAAACAGAUGAUAUAGAAGAACACCCAGUACAGAUAAGGAUGAAACAAAAAAAAAAUGAAACAUACUCUCCCCAACUGUAGAUAACAAACCGCGCUGACAUUAUAGUAAGACAUUAUAAAAACAGUGUUUGUUAGAAGCUCGUCCCGUCGGUCGGCUGCACUAUUUAUGUGAACGAAAUUUUCGUUAACACCAAGUGACCACCAAGUAAACUACUUCACGCGGCUACCGAGGAGUGUUGCACGUGACAAUCCACCGUAUUAUGCACACUCUAUCAAGGAAGAAAAGAAGUAGAAAUUAUUCAUGACUCCCCGGUUUGGAACGGUAAUUGUCCGAAAGUCGACAGAAAAUAACCGAUGAAGAAAUGUCCGGCUGCCUUGGCCGAUUCUUUCGCCACCGGCUGCACUAAAAUCAAAUGAAUCGCUUACUUAAUGAAAUUAAUUAUGCAUUCGUCAAUGUUGAUCAUCGCUGUCUUGCAGCUAGUGGGUAUACAUCCCAGUACGGCUUCGGCGGAAACUUCUGCAGUGUUGGCGCCGCACGAAAUUUCCUAUCUGGUACUGAGCCAGUCGACUGCGUUCUAUGCCAAGCAGGCACUGGCGUUACGGCAAAGUAUCUUCGAGCAGCAGGCUAAACUGGCCAAGUUGACGGAUCAACCGGUCCGACCGACCGAGCGCGGUGCCAUCUCCAGCGACAACGUGUACCUUUCGCACGAGAUUUUCGCCGACCACGAGGGUUCCUGGGCAAUCACACCGAUUUUGAAACACAUCCGGGCGAGCAUUCUGAAAGCAUCCCAUGCUGGCACCCGCUGGCUAAUCAUCUGCGAGGAGAACAGCCACGUGAACGUGAGUCUAUUAGCACACCAUUUGGGCAAAGAGGAUUAUCGCCAGGAGCUUUUUCUCGGAUAUCCAUUGUAUGACCGCGAGGCAACCAUUAUUCAUCAUUUUGCGUUUUUCAAAAAUCCAUCAAGCUUUCUCUACCCCUACCUAAGGGCAGGAGUCGCCAUUACCGUACCGCUGGUGGACCACCUGAUCCAGGUACUGUCGAGUGCCGGUUCCACGCUGACGGAGUUCAUCAUCGAUGCGGCCCACGAAUUCGCACUGCUAGCGUGGAAUCAAGGCUCAGGCACCCGGCUGACAUCGGUGUCCUACCUUUGCGCUCGAUACGACGAAACGUGCGCCAUUUAUGCAGGUCCAACUGGGGUAGUGAGGACGACUACGGAAACAGGUACCCGACCGAAACCUGUUGCUAGCGGUGCACCCCACAUCCUGUUCGCCGUAAAAACGUGCUCAAAAUUUCACGAGCAGCGUGUCCCGGUUCUGUUGCACACCUGGGCACAGUAUGUGCACCAUCUGCGACUCUACAGUGAUAUUGGGGAUGUAACUAUACCGACGAUUGCGACCAGCAUUCCCAACACCAGCAUCGGUCACUGUGCCAAAACGCUUGAAAUACUCCAUCUGAUAAAUGAGGAAAUUUCCCGUAAUUCCAGCCUAACUGACGUGAGGUGGAUAAUGCUGGUGGACGAUGACACCAUUUUGAGUCCCUCUGCACUAACCCGGCAUCUGUCCUGCUUCGACGCUGACAAAGACGUCUACCUCGGUGAACGGUACGGUUACCACCUACUGACCAAGCGCGGGGAGGGCACAGAAGAAAGCGACUACGGUUACAACUACAUCACAGGAGGAGGUGGAAUAGUCAUUAGUGUUAGCAUCCUCGACGCACUGCUCCAGUCGUGCGAAUGUCCCUCGGCAUCCUCGCCGGACGACAUGAUCAUUGCGGCAUGCAUGUAUCGGGUUGGCGUUCGACCUGUUCAUUCCCCGCUGUUUCACCAGGCUCGACCAUCCGACUAUCCACCGGAAAUUCUGGCUCCCGAUAGUAUUUCCUUCCACAAGCAUUGGCAAAUCGAUCCCUACCACGUGUACAACAGGUGGUUUAGAUUGAACGAUGAGUUCUGGGUUCGCCAGGAUAACGACCCGGCAGUCAGCGACAAGCCCCUGCUUCAUCCAGAUCAUAUCAGUAAUGAGAACGAUAGCACAAGACAACCGUUCGAGCGACUACCGAACGGCAUUGCGAACGUCGCCGCGCCAUCAUCGCAUGACAAGCAUACCAAUCAGCAGCAGCCGCCGGGGGAAAAGCAUCCAGAAGCGACCCCGACGAUGGCAAACCACUAUCAAACUGAACAUAUCGGUAAACCUUUCUGCGAGAGUAAUGAGCUCCAAUCAAACAGUAACUUGCUGCUGAAUCGACAUCACGAGGUCAGUAGUCACGGCCUUCGGCAACCAAACAUAAUCAAACAUACCGAACUGUAGGAUAACGAUGCAGAAACAACAUAUCGGUUGGGAGGGAAAAACUGCCUACCAAGCAGAUAGCGUACGAAACACAAAGGAUUCCUUUCUAUAUAAAAUUUUAACAUAGAAAUAAACGCUCGUUAUUUUAAUAUCUACAUA